AAAGAGCAGAGCUACAGAAAUUAAAGAAUGAGGGUAACUUCAAUCAUAAUGUUGAGGUUCUUCAGAAAGGAGAGGGGAAUUUGAUUGUGUACAGGAGACCAGGCGUCCCAGCAAAUGCAUAUGACUAUAUUCACUGUCGUUUUUGUAAAGGUUUUUACCAUCACAAACUUCUAUGGUCACAUGUCAAAACCUGCAGUUUCAAACCAGAUGGGGCUGAAAAUGACACUGAGAGAAACUUCAUUAGAGAAGCUAGAUGUGAAAUAGCCCCAUUUCUUCAACAACAGGAUGAAGAUAUUGAAAUGUUAGAUGAAGUUAUUGAUAAAAUGAAAGAAACCAAAGAAAAUCCUGGUCUGAAGAAAGUUUGUCAGGAAGAUGAGUUAAUAAGACAGUUUGGGUUGUAUCAUCUGGGAAGAUUGGGACCACUGGAAGAGCAAAGACUGAAAGACCAAGACAAUGUGAGAACAAAAAUGAGAAGCUUAGCCAGACUGCUUGUAAGAUUAAAUGGAGAGGAACUGUUCAGCUAUCCUUUAAGCCAUUUCAUCUGUGCUCAAAAAUUUGAUUUAGUGGCAAAAACUGUGAAAGAAAUGUAUCAAGAAAUUGGUUCAUCACAGCUGGGCUUAAACUUAGGACAUUAUAUAAAACAGGUAAGCCUGCUGAAAUCAAGCAUGUGCCUUCGCAGACAGGACUGUAGGCGGAAAAAAGAGGCAAACGAGUUCACAGAAAUGUUCGAUGCCGAGUGGAAGGGAAAGGUUUCAUCAGUCGCCAACAGAAGCAAGCGUCUAAAAGCAAUGAACAAAAGAUGUGAACUUCCUUCUACUGAAGAUUUAGUGUCCCUCAAAAAAUUUCUUGUGGAAGAAAUACAAAUAAAAAUGGAAAACCCAGCACCAACAUAUCCCGAGUAUGUGUACAUAACACACUUACUGAUCGCCCGCAUAGCACUCUUCAACAAAAGAAGAGUAAAUGAGGUCUCUGAGCUGAAAGUGAGUGACUUCCAGAAGCGAAUAAGAGGAGAUGAAUUAGACACAAACACCGAAAUCUACAAUUCCCUGGCUGUCAGUGAAAAGGCUCUGUUAAAGAGAAUGGAACUUCUUGAGGUAAGAGGGAAGAGCACUCGGGGACUGAGGAAGGUGUUUGUAAUUCUAAGCACCGACAUGGUGGAAGGUUUGUCGCACCUCUUGAUGGUUCGUGCGCAGGCUGGUGUACCAUCAACAAACACGUUCCUAUUCUCCAGAUGUACAGAUUCACCACAGGAUGGCUGUGAAGCACUGAGAGUGGUCACAUCUAAGUGUCACAAUCUUGCCUUUCCAGAACGGGUCAGGACAACAAAACUGAGAAAGUAUUUGGCAACUACUACUCAGAUAAUGGAUAUGAGAGAUGAUGAGCUGAAGUUAAUUGCUGAUCACAUGGGACACUCUGUUGCCAUACAUACUGACGUGUACAGAAUGCAGACGUCAGUGCUUGAACGAACAAAAGUUGCAAGGGCUCUUCUAGCUUUAGAAGAUGGUAAACUACAGGGGUUUAAUGGUCGCGACCUUUCGUCGGUCAGCCUUGAUGAAUUGCCUGAACCUGAACCUGAACCUUACAAAGCAGGGUCAUUUGAAGAAUUGUCUGAACCAGACAACAGCUAUGAGGAUGUUCCUGAAGUUGAAACAGAAGCUGUACAGAAGCCUCAUGCAUGUACAGGAUCAAAAAAACGAUGGUCGAAAGAGGAGGAGAGUGCUCUACGGGAAGCCUUUGACAUUCAGAUAAAAAUGCAGAAAAACGUUUCAACAAUGGAGAUCAGGAAAGCACAGAAGUGUUAUCCUGUGUUGCAAGACAGAUCAGAAGCUGUUAUUCGGACAAAAAUAAACAACAUCAAAUUAGGAAAAUACAAAAAAAUAUGAACUGAAUUCAACCACUGCUAGAUAAGGGUAAUUUAAAAAAAAAUAAAGCCAUUGGUUUACAGUUGUAUGAUCAUGAACAUUUCUUGUGUCAGAAUGCCGAAAUUGAUGAGUGAAUUGGACUUUGCAAAGACAUGUGUUUUUGAAAUUAUAAAUGACUUUCACUGUUUAGUUUUCGCAGUGACCUUUGGAGGAAAUUGCUUUUCCAAUCAAUAACUGGAGAACCGUUGGGCCAAGCUUUGUGAAACUUAAUAGGAAGGUUUGUUUUUUUGUUGACCUCUAUUGUUUUUAGGUGACUAGGUCAAAGGUCAAAGUGACCUUGUAUGUUCAAACACUGUGAAAGAGUUGGGCCUAAGUUAAAGAAACAUAGUGUAGUUGGCUGUGACCAGUAGAUGGCACCUAUGAAUUAUUCAAAUAAUAUAUUUUGGUCAAAACCAACACAAGACAAAAAUGGAGUGUAGACGAAGUUGCUGAAAUAAAGGAGUAUUUUAAGACUUAUUUGGAUUCUGGCAUAACACCUAGAAACAAAGAAGUACAGUUGGCCAUGGCAAAAAGCAGGAAGAACAACGGCAUUCUUUGGAUGAGAAAAGCACAUCUCAUUAUUAAGAAGAUCAGCAACUUGAACAAAGACAAACGAAAAAUGUCUGUUAUCCAUUGUUUCCAUUCAUAGGGUAUCAACAUUUACUGUGUUUUUAUGCCCAUCCGUGUCAGUGAAACAUUUUUAGUUUCAAAUUUGAAAUACAAGCCACUUGAAGCAUAGAAGGCUUAAGAAAAACAGCCAUAUGGACUAGCUUAUAUCCAGAUUUGUUACACAUUUUUUUUAUGCUUUUAAUUUCUAUAACAUUUUAGUGUGCACUUAAUUUUACUGUUUAUGUAUUGUCAUUUGAUAUUGAGACAUAUUGGAAAUUAUAAACUUAUUGUGAAAGGUAGACCUAUCAGAAAUUACACUAUUUAUGAUAACAUACAAAACACGCAAUAAUGCUUAAAAACAAUAAUCCUUUAACGAAUUAAUUUAUAUAAUUUAAGAUAAUUUAAACUUUAUAUAUAGAGAAAAAUGGGUUAGUGUUGUUGACAACAACCGAAUAAGUUAAGUUUUUGAUGUUAUUUACCAAAUUUUUCAAUUGCUUAAAUAUAAUUUAUUGUAUAAUAUUCAUUUAAAGUGACAAAUCGUUUGAUUCUUUCUUAUAGCUGAACCUAUGGUUCUGCAGUCAAGCACUGUUCCACUUAGCCAUAGAGGAUUGAUUGAAAUAGAUUAAGAGUUAACACAUUUAUAUUACUGAUAAAAAAAAUGCUCAAAAUGUAAACAAACAUGAUAUAAAAGCAGGCAGCUUUUUUUCUUUAAAAAAUAUAAUUUAUUGUAUAAUAUUCAUUUAAAGUGACAAAUCGUUUGAUUCUUUCUUAUAGCUGAACCUAUGGUUCUGCAGUCAAGCACUGUUCCACUUAACCAGGGAGGAUUGAUUGAAAUAGAUUAAGAGUUGACACAUUUAUAUUACUGAUAAAAAAAUGCUCAAAAUGUAAACAAAAAUGAUAUAAAAGAAGACAGUUUUUUUUUAUUCAUUUUUUUUUUUUUUUUUUUUUCAAAUUAUUUGAAUUUAUACUGGGGGACAUGUUUUGCCCUGUCUGUUGGUUUGUUUGUUUGUUGGCUUGUUUGCCAUAACUUUUGCAAUAUUGAAGAUAUCAACUUGAUAUUUGGCAUGCAUGUGUAUCUCAUGGAGCUGCACAUUUUGAGUGAUGAAAGGUCAAAGGUCAAAUAUACGGUUAAAAGCGCUCAUUAAAUAUACACUAUAACUUCGUUAGAACUUCUUUCACAUACUUAAUAUCUCAUAUGUAAUGUAUCUCAUACAGCUGAACGUUUGAAAUAGUGAAUUGGUAACUUCAAUGUCACCCAUCUAGGUCAAAGGUCAAGUUCUUCUACAAACUCAAAUACUUCAAAUUUAAUUACAGAACUUUCUGUGUCAUUAAUACUAUAAUAGGCAUGAUUUGUGUAUCUGAACUCCAUCACUAGUGUAUCUUUUAUCCCUAUUAUCAAGGCGUCUUUUAUAACAUUAUACCAUAAUAUCCACAGCCUGUUGGCAUUUAUUGUUUAUAAUGUAUGUGACUUUAAAAUUAACAAAUUUCUAAAUGUGAGCAAUUUUUAUGUCCAUAACUGGUGUAACUUUGAUGUCCAUAACCUAAGUGACAUAUUCUAAGUAACGGUAAUGUCCGUAAGUUGUGUGACUUAAUUGUUCAUAACCUAAGUGACUGUCAUGUCCAUAAAUUGUGUGACUUUAAUGUUAAUAAUCUAUUCUAAGUAACAGUAAUGUCCAUAAGUUGUCUGACUGUAAUGUCCGUAAGUUGUGUGACUUAAUUGUUCAUAACCUAAGUGACUGUCAUGUCCAUAAAUUGUUGUGUGAUUUUAAUGUUAAUAAUCUAUUCUAAGUAACAGUAAUGUCCGUAAGUUGUGUGACUGUAAUGUCCAUAAGUUGUGUGACUUAUUUGUUCAUAACCUAAGUGACUGUCAUGUCCAUAAAUUGUGUGACUGUAAUUUUAUUAAACUAAGUAACUGGCAUGUCCAUAACUUGUGUGACUUUAACAUCCAUAACCUAAGUGACUGUAAUGUCAUAAAUUGUGUGACUUUAAUGUUAAUAAUCUAUUCUAAGUAACGGUAAUGUCCAUAAGUUGUGUGACUGUAAUGUCCAUAAGUUGUGUGACUGUAAUGUCCGUAAGUUGUGUGACUUAAUUGUUCAUAACCUAAGUGACUGUCAUGUCCAUAAAUUGUGUGACUUUAAUGUUAAUAAUCUAUUCUAAGUAACGGUAAUGUCCGUAAGUUGUGUGACUUAAAUGUUAAUUAUUUAAGUGACUGUCAUGUCCAUAAGUUGUGUGACUAUUAAUGUCUGUAAGUUGUUUGACUGUAAUGUCUGGGGCAACAACUGCAUUUAGUUGUUGAGUUACUAGUUAAUUAAUUAUUAAGUACCCCAGGGCAUGUAUGGAUUUGUGUUUUAAAACUUGGUAUUGUAUUUUGAAACAAUGUUUAUUGGAAAUAGAGGGAUUUUUAUUUAUUUUGUCGCACUGCUUUACUUACAAAAAUGCCCA